CUGCCCCGCCCACCAGGAAAUCACAGGUUAGUGUGUGCAAUGCGGAAUGAAAAUGUCCUUCCAAAUCAGGAGAAAGUAAUAAUAAUGACGAUCUCGGCAGCGCUGUGGCGUGGGACUGAAAGCUCUGUUUGUGGAUGAGUCCUGCUGAUCUGCAGAGCGGAGGACAGAACUGAACUCCAGCUGUUCCAGGAUCUGUGUGGAGCGACUCUGAUGUGAAAGCAUCUGCAGGAGGAAGGGGCGGAGCUGAGAUGUCAAUCAGAAGCACUGAGGGCAUGUCGAUCAUGCAGGCCUUAGCCAUGACCGUGGCUGAGAUACCUGUGUUCCUGUAUUCCACCUUUGGACAGUCUAUAUUCUCUCAGCUGAAGUUGAGCCCGAGUCUGAAGAAGGUGCUGUUCGCCACGGCUCUGGGCAGCGUGGCUCUGGCUCUGACCGCACAUCAGUUAAAGAGACGGGGCAGGAAGAGGAAGCAGACCGUCAGUAAAGAAGCGCAGAAGCCUGUGGGCAUCCCAGAACAGCUGCUCCGCACCAGCCGGCCGGCCUCGCUCAAGAGAGGUCCGCUUCCAGGGCGUCAGAUGAUGAGUCCCAGCACCCGCAGUAAUGACACGCUCAGCGGCGUCUCGUCUCUCGCACAGAGCAAACACUCCAGCUCUUCACACAGCAUCGCCUCUAUGCGAGUUCCCUCCUCUCCCAACCAAUCAGUGAACACCGGGAUGCCGUGGGAGGCGGAGCCAGUGGCAGAGGAGCCAGGAGUCGGAGAGGAUGCCAAUGCUGAGAACCUCUAUCUCAUGGGGAUGGAGCUGUUUGAGGAAGCUCUGCGCAAGUGGGAACUGGCUUUAAACAUCAGACACGGAGCUCAUUCACGCGCAUCUGGGUCAAACAGUCUCGCCCCGGAAGGGUCAGAACUCGUGGAGCACCAUUUGCCUGAGCUUCGCAAUCAUCAGUUUGCGGAGAAGCUCGAGUCUCUGCUGCACCGAGCCUAUCACCUACAGGAAGACUUCGGCAGCACCAUACCCCCCGACAGCCUCCUCGCUGACCUGGAGAGUGAAGCAACCCUGAUCCUGCCCACACUUGGGAGUUCCCAUCCCAUCCGAGACGACGAUGCCACAACAGUCACUUCAGACGACUCGUUUGUCUCUGCUGCUGAGUUGUUUGAGGCGUUCUCUCUAGAGGACACGUAUCACCCGCUGAAGCCGGCAGCUCUGUAUGAAGAAGCCCUGAGUUUGGUGAAGGAUGGAGGCGUGGCCUGCAGAUCACUGAGAACCGAACUUCUGGAGUGCUACAGCGAUCAGGACUUCCUCGCCAAACUGCACUGCAUUCGCCAGGCCUUCCAGGUGCUGCUGCUGGAUGAAACGCACAGGAUGUUCUUCAUGGAUACAGGGAAGCAGAUGAUACUGGGACUCCUGGCCAAAGCCAACAAGAGUCCGAAGGCGUUUCUGGAGAGUUAUGAAGACAUGCUGCAGUACACACAGAGAGAAGAGACGUGGCCCGUCACCAAGAUGGAGCUGGAAGGACGAGGGGUUUGACUCUUUAUCUGUCUGUCAUUCCUUCCUUUCCCAUCCAUUUAAAGUCUGAUUCUUGACUGUUCCACUGUUGUUAAUGUUAACUAAAAAAAUUUGUGCUGUCAAAUGAUUAAUCACGAUUAAUCGCAUCCAAAAUAAAAGUUUU